AACAUAAUUAAAAGAAAAUUUUUGUGAUAACGCCAGUAACGUUAAUUGGCUUGCAUUUGAAUUCUGUUUGAAAAGACAAGUAAAACUCGUUUAGUGUAAGUGCAACGUGCAACCCCAUUCUCCUCAUAUUGCACCUAAAGAUAAGCCGAUUACAACAAGUUGAACAGUGCAAUCGAAGCAGCAACGGUAGCAGUGAGGUCGUGAAGUCGAAAGCAUUAAGUGCAUUUCAGUGUGUGCUGCUACUUACGAAGGCGGCAACACAAAUGCAAUUGGAUAUUUAAAGUAUGACAAAUCCAAAAAUAAAAAACUCCAAUAAAAGAUCCACUGAGGCCGUUGUAAAUGUGCAACAUCAACAAAAUAAUGAUGGAACUGAAUUAAUGAAUGUGCUACAUAAUUCUGAUGAUGAUGUGGAACUGAAUUUGGAUGAUUACUCUUUUGGUGGCUCAUCCAAUUCGGAGGAUGUGGAUUUGGAAGAAGAUGAAGCGAGCACCUGUUCAUCAUUUAGCUUACAAGAAUGUAUAAACGAAUUUCGUGCUCGCCGUAUACGCCGUUUGUCUACGCAGAGUCGUGAAGUUACGCAAAUCGAAGACCGGGCUAAUAGCAAUUUACCAGAUAAAACUGAAAAGAAGACUCAACCCGACCCAGCAGAUGCCGACUUAAUUAAUCAGAACCGUUGUAAUAAGGAACAGGAGCGUAAAUGCAAGCCCUGUCGCGAUGGUUUUUGCUAUUGUUUCACCAGCGAUAGCGGCGAAGGCGGCGGUGUGUGCCAUGCUGUUACAGCGGGCACACGUGCCGGACACGUGCGACAAUCGAGGCGUCACAGACGCUCUGACUGCCAAGAGCUUGGUACAUUAAUGCCACAGUCCUAUGUUAAACCAGUCGACCAUAUAAAUAAUCGACCUGUGAGCUUUAAGGUACCAACUGAAAAAGAUGCUGAAGCUUUGCCACAAAAACAACAAAAUAAGGAAAGAGUAAAACGCAACGUAACUGCCGAAACCACUUCGAAUGCUAAUGAACUAACCGCAAUAAGCCGUUUAGAAACUAGUGCCCCAGAUGCACCACUCAUACAUAUCAUCCAAGAAUUGCACAACAACUGUGUAAUAUCUGAAGUACGCGUAAAUAAACACAAAUUACAAGCUAGUCGACAACAAAGUCAGAGUUUAAAUACUUGUCAAACAGCCAAAUCUUCGCCACGAAAAACUAAACACUCAUCCCAUUCAACUCGCAAUAUGUGCGAGCCCACUGCUCCACCGUUGGAAAAUUGGGCUGCCGUCUAUAAAAAUGCGCAAAGAAGAAUGGAGUCAUUCGGUGCUCCAGUUCUAGAUAAAAUUGAUGAACUUGAAUCCAUUUCGGAUAUAUUUGCUUACUCAACACCUCUAACGAGUAGCUCAAAACAUACCGACAGCGGUCGACGUAAAAACAAAGGCGGUCGUUUAUUGCAGAAACGUUUAAGUCUUUCAUCGGUGCAUUACAGACCAAGACGAUCCUUACAGGCUCCACCUAAGCCACCGCGUGCACAUCUCUGUUUAGAGGAAAAAUCGACGAUAUCCUCCUUGUCUUCUACUUCGCCAUCUCUGCGCGAAGCAGAGCGUAUACUUGAUGAGUUCUUGAUUAGAAAAGGAGCUAUGAUCAAGGAAAAAGAGGAAAAAGCAGUGAAAUACACUGGAAAAGUGGAUAAGGCUGGUCAAGUGGAAAUGGAAAAGGUGUUGUAUGCUUCGGAUAGGAGACGUGAGCACCGCAAAUCUUGCCCCACGAGCUUGGCAGAAAUCAAAUCUCGACCACAUUUGCCAACUUGUCCCUCCCUCAGUGACCUCGAACGUUCCGCUAUGGAUUCCAACAAGAAAUAUACUAAUUAUGAGAAAAAUAUUCGAAAAAUUACUGAAAAGCCUGUUAAAGAGCUUAGUUUUGGCUGGAAGGAACCAAAAAUUGCCGAAAUGCUCAAUUGCGAUACAACAUCAAAGCAAAAGCAAUUCAAAUCUCAAGCUGUUCAAGCUGAGCCGCAACAAAUUAUCGGUUGGCAAAUUCCACCAAAAGUAGAUCUCGAUACAGUCGACGGCGUAUGCUCCAAUUUGGCUUCGAAUAUCGCAACUAAAAACACACCCGUCAAAUCAUCCCACCUUUCAACACCAAAGCGAGCCAGUGAAUCUCAAAAGUUCAUUUGGCGUGAGCAAUGGCGUAAUCUCUCGCCAUGGUGUAAUAAGAGCUCAAAAGGUGGCAAUCGCUUUUUGAAAAGUAAUUUAAAGUCAUCUUCGCGCUCGCUGUUGAAUAGUUCGAAGAAGAAAAUUUUACGUUUGGUUACGCCCAAACGUGAUAAUUUACAGUAUCGUCGAAGCUACACAUCGCAAAGCAUUGGCGUUCAAACAUCCCAGGAUGAACUGCAGCCGUACGAACCGAGCAUGACACCACAAUCACCACCAGGCAGCUACCACUCUGCUGUUCAAACCUCAACGCACACUACAACACCCACAUGUUCGCAGAAUACCAAUGCCACGGAAACACAAGAUUUUGACUUUACACGUACCGUCCGAGCGCCACCUAAGAAGGCGCCACGCGCUAGCAUCCAGCGUAAAUUAAAUUUUCCAUUUGAUGGUAGUGCGGCAGCGGAGAGAGCACCGCGUGAAGGCGACACGCUUAGAACCUCAAUGAAAACGAAAACGUAUCGGUCGUAUCAUGGCGAUUUGGAUCAGGAUGUGACACUAUCCAAACUGGGCUAUAUACUUGGCAAUAUACGUGCCAAAUUGGAGGCUAGUGACGAGCAUGCAAUGCGUACAUUUCAGGAAAUUGAACGUCGUGAGCAAAGCGCUGUCGGCUACGAUUGCACUGAUGGACCUAAUAGAGAGACGGAAACACGCGCAAAUAUACAAACAAAGAAUCACCGUUCCCAUCAAUACAAUGUAUGCCAACAGGAACCUAUUUACUCCGAAAUUGAAGAGGAUAGUAUGCAUAUAACAGGAACACCGCAUUACGACAACACAACUAGCGCAAAGGAAAUUGCGCCUAUUAAACCGGAUUUGGAAGUGUUGUAUGCCAAAGUUAAUAAGGCGAAUAAAAAACAAAGGAAUCAAAAAAACCAGCCACUGUUGCAAACGACACCAAUUGCCUUAGGGAAGUUAUUACAUGAUUCGCUGCGUAAUUUAAACACCACCAUACAGCCAACUCAGCUGCCAACACUACAGGAGCAAUCGUAUAGCGAUACAUCGUAUAUGUCACCACCGCAACCGAAUGCGAGUGUUUCGGAAACUUCUUCCAUGUCCCAUAGCCAGUCAAUGAAUAAUGUGCGUAUGCAGGAGCAUCAUUCACCACCAAAAUAUGAGAGAAAUUUGAAUAAAUCCGAUUUGUCGCUGCAUCGAAGUGAAAUCUUUUUAGAUAACCUCUGCCGGAGUGAGCUGAUAGUAGAAAAUGACGAACUGGAAUGUGCAGGAAAGAUGAAUAACAAUGAUUUAAAUAAAUCCAGCAGUUCGCUCAGUCAAAUAAACACUUUCCGUCACUUCUCUACCUCUACACCAACUCCUGAUGAUUCCAUUUCCUAUGAUACUCCGAAUGAUGCAGAUUUUGAUGACAUUUCUCAGGCAGCUAUUAGUCAAUUAGGUUUAAGUAUGGCUAUCGAUUCGAUGACCUCUGCUGCACCGAGCGUAACGAAAAAGAAAAUAGCGCCAAAAUUUACAACUAAGUCACAUUUAAGCACACAACGUACAUCCAGCUUGAACCCAUCCAACGAUAAUGCCCUUACCUCGCCUUCAAGUAGUCAUCAGCAAAGUACCAGCUGUCCCGUUACGCCGAAAAAAUUGCAGUUACAUUUCCCUGCGCAGUUACCACACACCUCGAGUCUCAAAGAGUUGCGUGAAAUGGUAGAAGAAAAAGAAGAAGAUCAAAACCGUUCAAUUUCAAACACCAGCUUAUACGAUGACAUAUCGCAGGCUCCAAGCACCGUUGACGCGCCUACCACCAACAACAAUUUUGCACGUUAUCAACGUUUGAAAAAUGCACUCCGAAAAUCGUUCAAGCGUGGCACGAAAUUCGUUAAAAACGAAACACUACGUCUUUCCUCUUCAUUUAGCUUUCCUACAACAAAUAUUAGCUUAUCUAAAAGCCUAAAUGUACACAAUCAAACCGAUCCGCAAUUGUCUACCAUCUCUUCCUCGUGCGAUUUAAAUGCACUAUUCACAUUAGAUGAGGAAGCGCCAGUGGUACAACAACUAGCGCAAGCCGUAACAAUUUGCCGACAGCUGCCGGAAGUUGAAAUUUCACCGGAAAUGGUUGAAGCAGAACGAUUGUUACUUUUCUCACGCCUACGUCGCGAUGCAUGGCCACAAAGGUCGCCCACAGUGGGAACGGCAGCAGCCAGUCAACGCGCAGUCGACCAACACACGCAUCGUUUUUAUAUCGAUGGCAUGCGUUUGCCCAUUAAGGUGGAUGUGAAUCAAGAUUUCUUUUUCAAUUACUUCUAUAUAGUGACUUUUGAGUGUGGUGGCGUAAUUAAAUCCACACAAUCGGCGGAAUGUCAUAACGGAAAGGCGAUAUUUAGUGAAUGUGGCAUUGAAUUUGCUAGCGGUUUGUCGGAAGAGGAUGCCGUGGUGCGUUGCGAGAUUUUUAUGCUACGUUUACGUAAAGUGUCGACACUGUCACUGGAGCCAAAGCGAACCAUAGUGAAAUUACCAACUGCACGCACACCCGGCACCGCAUCUUCCUCCUCAUCUGGCGAUGAAAUAGUAUCACGUUUUCGACUACAUGCAAGUUUCGCACUCAACGCACGCAAUUUUGUGCCAUACGAAUAUGUGGCGGGUGAAUCGAAGAACACAAAUAAACUCUGCCUGCGUGCGAGCAACAGAAAUUGCCAACUACCACUCACGCCACGCACAAAAUCUACAAAUCUCUGUACAGAAAUUCACUUAUACGGCCGUGCAGAGAUACGUUUCCCCAAGCAAACGUACAGCGGCUUUCUUAACGUACAAGAUCCACACACGCAACAUAACUGGAAUCGUCGCUGGUGUACGCUGGAUGGCAUACACCUACGCAUUUGGACGGAUGAAAACCAAAUGGACGAUGAUAAACUGCUGCUCACUUUGGAUAUGCGCUCGAAUGUGCAGUCGAUUCCAUUACAAGUUGCGCCGCGUGAACUCUGCGCACGUGCGCGCGCUUUUUGUUUGCAAUGCGCGUUGGAAAAAGGUGGCGAGCUAGUCGAUACGGCGGCGGUCUUUUUUGCCGCAGAUACACAAGAAGAGUUGGAAGAUUGGCUGGUGAAGUUAAAUGAAGUGCUUAUAUUCGUAGAUAAAUGGCUGUGUGAGGCGGCAAGAGAUGAUUUUGCGUAGAUGGAGCGCAAUCUUCUGUAUGGCGACUAUAGUAUGGCGCAAAAUAUAUUUGUUAAUUGUCUAUUUGUAAAGAAAUUUUUUUAUGUGGUAUUCGGUAUUUAGUAUAUAUGUAUAGUGGAGGCAGCUAUUUAAAAUAGUUUUUAUAUACAAUAUAAUAUUUUUGUAUGUAUGGGAAACAUAUAUGUAUGUAUGUAUAUGAAAAGCACAGCCUUGAUUCUCUUUAAGUGAAGUGUGGAGUUUUAGGAAGUUCACUUUUGAAUGGAGGAUUUAAUAAGUGCAGUCGAACAAUUUUUCAAUUUCAAUGAGCAUCUCUUAGGUGGAAACAAAUUUCGUGUACAACAUGAUACAAGGUACAUUCCACAUAAAAAGCGAGAUUUUAAUUCUUUCACUCUCCAAUUAAAAAAAAAAAAUUACGAAAACUCAGCGCCAUUUAGUGGGGUAGACGAUAAUUUUUAUUUAUAAUUUCCUGCUGAUAAAAUUUAUUUUUUAGGUAACUUAAUAAAUACGGGGUUUAUACAAUUCAGAAAAGUGUGUAUGUAUGUAUCAUGACACAUAUUUUGUGUAUGUAAAUAAAAAAUAAAUAAAUUAGAAUCAAACUAAACACAAACACAGCAAAACCACCGAAGCCCGGCCGGAGUAGGAAGGACUUUUAGCGUGUGGAAGAAAUAGUUCAUAUGCAUUUCAUUAUAUAUAUUUUUUGUUUUUAAUAUUUACUUCACAUUAUUGGUACUAUUUGGGGCUGGCCAAUUAUUUACAUAUAUUUCUUGUGUCUUAAAUUAGUUUUUCUUUUCACCAUUGCCAUGCUUACAUGUAUGUAUGUACGUUGAUUUAUUCAAACAGUAUUUAUUACACAGGUUGUGUUUUUGCACUUUAUUCAUUCCAUUUUAAUUAUUCUUUUAUUUAGCGUUUUUUGUGCAUUAUUUGCUAUAACUUUCAUAUUUUAGUUUAAUAUAUUUAAUUAAUUUUUUUCUUUAAGAUAUUCAAGAAAUUGUUACUAUAGUUUUAGUUAUAAUGGGAAAGAAUCGGUUGAGGUUGUACUCAUACAAGUCUGUAUAUGGUAUAUAUAUAUAUAAGUAUAGUGGAACAGUUAUUUUUAAAUAUAGAAAAUGGAAGUUUCCAUGAAGUUGAUACUAAGUGAAA